AUCACACUCAGGUAGAUCAAGACAUGGGUAUUGGCAGGUUCUCUAGGAAGAAAAAAUAGACCAAGCAGCAUCAGAAUUCUCAUUUUAUUUCAAAAGAGGACGAAAGUGGAAGAGCGGCCACUUUUGUUUUCAGUAACCAUGUCAUCAGAGAUUUAUAGAGAUACAACUAAAUAUUCACCCCUACAUAAGGCCUUGGUGAAGGGUGACUUGGAAAGUGUGAAAGCUUUUCUGGAGAGAGAUCCAAAUGCAAUAUCAGUUCCGAUUUCGACGAUAGGGGAAAGAGCUAUCCAUAUUGCUGUUGCGGAGGAGCACGUGCAGUUGGUGGAGGAACUCGUGACGAUGAUUAACCCUGUAUUUCUCGAAUUUACACAAGAUGAUGGUGACACAGCACUUCAUAUUGCUGCUAGAGGUGCAAACACAACAAUAGCGAAAUCAUUGGUGGAAAGCAAUGGCGAAUUGGUAAAAAUCACAGAUCAAAAUGGACAUGUCCCAGUCACCCUGGCUGCAAUUUUUGGUAACACAGAGAUGUUUAAUUACCUACAUUCAGUGACUUCACAACAGGAUAUAAUCCCUAGAAUUGUUAAUAUCCACCGGCCGUACUUUGAUUACCUUAAUUACAGGGUAUAUGCUAUGUUCAUUGAUUCCAUUAAGGGUGAGAACUAUGGUUUUGCUCUGAACAUGCUGGAAGUCAAUCCGGAAUUGGCGUCUGGUGGGCUUGGCAGGGGUAUAAUGGCCUUAUAUACUGUGGCAGAGAUGCCCUUUGCUUUCUCAAGCAGAAAUCGACUUGGAAAACUUAAAAGAUGGAUGUACAACUGUAAAUGUCUUUAUUUUACCAUCUCACUCUCCCUAUGAAUAUUUGAUUUGCCUCUUAUAUCUGUGUACAUCUUUUAAAUCCUUCAACACCAUACAACUUCUAUUGUUCCUUAAGUACUAUGUGUAGCUCUAAUAGCAUCAUUAAGUGCCGUUGUUACUUUAGAUAUUCUGGAUUACUGUAAAUCAGAUAGAAC